CUGUUCCUUAUUUCCAUUGCCGGACCGAAGGCGAACAUAUCAAUCCAGCCUUUUCCCCUUCGACUUUGAAUACUACUUUUCGAAGCAAACAGAGAUCUUACUACAUGACCUGUCUCCCCAUAGAACCCCGCCAACCAACGACUCGCGCGCAUCAUUACUUCGUCCUACACACCAGCCAAUCGAUCAUCUUACUGUGCUCUCUUGUAAGCAGCAUAGCACCUAUCGCAUAACGACGCUCGCCUCCAAUCCAACUGCCCACGAUGGCGCACAUCUCAGUCAUCCUGACGGCCAUCGUCGGUGGCUCGUACCUCGUCUUCCUGCUGCUGGACUACAUCAUCACGUCGCGGCGGGUCGCAGCCAAAGCGGAGGAAUGGGGCUGCAAAGAGCCGCCGGAGCAACGCAACCGAUUACCACUGGGCAUCGACAAGGUUAUGGACUCCAUGGCUGCCGACGAGAAGAAACUGUUCCCGGAGUACAUGGUAGGGCAGGCCGACAAGAUGGGCGUUUACACAUGGAGCUAUCGUCUGUUUGGCACCAAGAUCAUCAGCACACACGAUCCACAGAAUAUCCAGGCCAUCCUGGCAACCCAGUUCGGAACGUUUGACCUGGGAGAACAGAGGCGCGCCACGUUCUGGCCAAUGCUGGGAAAUGGCAUCUUUACACAGUCUGGCGCCGACUGGAAGCACUCGCGGGAGAUGAUGCGGCCACAGUUCACCAGGGACCAAGUGAGCGACCUGGAUCUCGAGGAGCGGCACGUGCAGAACAUGAUGAGCGCCCUCGACGCCAAGCUGAAGCCCGACGGGUGGACCAACGUGGUCGACCUCCAGGCACUCUUCUUCCGCCUCACCCUCGACUCGGCCACGGAGUUCCUGCUGGGCGAGUCCGCAGACACCCAGCUGCAGCACAUCCCGGACUACCCACGAUCUCGGAACUCGGCCGAAGCUCUGCACAACGUGGACUUUGCCUGGGCCUUCGACAGAGGCCAGUGGGCACUGGCCCAGCGGGCGCGCCUGGGCCCGCAGUACUAUCUCUACACGUCCAGGGAGUUCCGCAAGUGUAUCAGGCAGUGCAACAGCUUCAUGGACCAUUAUGUGAGGAGGGCACUGAACAAGGACCUGCGCCAGGCGGAGAAGGAGGUCGAGGCGAAUCCCAAGCCCAAGUUUGUCUUCCUGGACGCGCUGGCCGAGAAGACACGCGACCCGAUCGAGCUGCGCUCCCAGAUCAUGCACAUGCUGCUGGCCGGUCGUGACACCACCGCCUCGACGCUGGGCUACCUGUUCAUGCUGCUGUCGCGGGAUCCUGUACGCUACAAGAAGCUGCGCGAUACCAUCAUCGAGGACUUUGGCACCUACGCCCAGCCCAAGGAGAUUACCUUCUCCAAGCUCAAGAACUGCCAGCCUCUCCAGUACUGCCUCAACGAGACGCUGCGGCUGCACCCCAUCGUCCCCAUCAACGGCCGCCAGGCUUACAAGGACACCAAACUGCCCGUGGGUGGUGGUCCGGAUGGGAAGUCGCCUGUCUUUGUCCGCAAGGGCCAGUCUGUUGAGUACUGUGUUCACAUCCUGCACCGGCGCAAGGACAUCUGGGGUCCUGAUGCGGACGAGUUCAUCCCAGAGCGAUGGGAGAACAAGAAGGUCGGAUGGGAAUACGUACCAUUCAAUGGUGGGCCACGAAUCUGCCUGGGCCAGCAGUUUGCGCUGACGGAAGCAAGUUACGUGACUGUGAGGCUGCUGCAACGAUUUGAAGCGAUGGAAAACAGGGAGCCGGACCCAGUUGUGCGGCACAACCUCACUCUCACAACCUGCAGCGCCAACGGUGUCAAGGUUAGCCUUCGAGCGGCGGGGAAGCAGUAAGUGGACGAUAUGGUAAACUUACGAACAAAAGCCACAGUGGUAGUGGCCCAGAGCUGAAGGACAAAGUUUACAUGUGGGUUGGGAAUCAAGGUUCAGUUUGAUAAGAGUGUUCACAGAAGGAGGUCGGCAACCCGGUCUGGAGUAAUCCCCCGCCCCGUCCCUCCCUCCUCCUCGAGAUGAGAUAAUCUCUCGGCCAGCUGUUGGUGGCAUCAUACCGGUUCUUCCCGUCCACUAAGGGGUUCCACGACACGCACGGGUAUCCUAUCAGAAAGCUAAAUUGCCCAGAAUGCUCUAAAUAUGUAUAUAAUGCAGGUGGUUCAUUAUUAUAAUGGUACAACAUCGGUUACUCGAC